CGGGCUGUCACGUGACGCGGUGAUGUUAGCUUUGGUUGGGUGGCCGUGACAUCACCCUGGUUUUCCUCUUUCACCUGAAGGUGUUGGCUUGGUUUGGGGAUAAUGGCGGCCAGCAUUGGGGUUUACUCAGCACGGCUUGCGGCCAGGGUAGGAGGACUCCUGAGAGCCCCGGGGAAGCCUACGAUGGUCAUUGGUGUACCUCGCCGGACUGCUGUCACAACAAACACAGGGGCUAUUUAUCCCAAACCGGAGAAAGUAAGUUUUGGCUUGCUCAGAGUCUUCACUGUAGUUGUCCCAUUUUUAUAUAUAGGAACACUCAUCAGCAAAAACUUUGCUGCUCUAUUAGAAGAGCAUGACAUUUUUGUUCCAGAGGAUGAUGACGAUGACGACUGAAAGAUACUUUACUGCUGGAAGCCACAAUCCUCGGUGGUACCAUAUCAAUGCUAUUUCCUUGGGAUGCUGUUCCUUUGAUUCACUGCAUGUUGUAUAGAGGGAUCAUUUGCCGGUGUGGUGAUUCAGCAUUGUGGGAUUGAAAAAAAAAAUGUAUAUCUAUUAAAUCAAUUAAAAU